AUGAAGAUUCAGAAUGAGAAACCGCUUGGUCAUUCUGCAAGCAGGUCCAGCAACAUUUCAAAGGCCGGAAGUCCGACCUCUGUGAACGCACCCUACAGUUUCCCCAGGACUUCAGUGACACCCUCGAACCAGGAUAUAUGCAGUUCUAAUGACCUCGCUCAGGACCUGGGCUCACAGAGGCCCUUACAGGCCACUGUAGUGCUGUUGAACUCUAAUGGUAAAAGCUCAGCGUCUCAGGGUGUCACCAUGACCACGCUCUGCCUGGAUUCCCCCACCAAACCCAAAAAUAGGACCUUGUUUGGCACAGAAUGGCUCUCCCUACUCAAACCAUCAGUCAACUUGAAACCAGGAGGCAGUCUCAAGUUCUCAAAGUCACUGAAUGACGUGGGACAAAAGAUGGACAGCCUAUGCAACGGUCUUCACUUUAUAGACCGCACGUGUUCGGAUGGGGAGCUGGGAGCGGAGAAGGAACAGCUCAUGCAAGACAGCCACAUCAAAGCCCUCAAUGGUCAAGCCAACUCUCCUCCUCCAUUUGCUUUCCAGCCUCCAUCCUUCCUCAACAACUAUAAAUGCAUCUCUAACCCAGGGCCUGAGUACUGCCUGGCUUCCCCUGCUCCUCCCCAUUCAGACCUUCAAAGAAGCUCCAACUUCCUGCGCCUCAUCUUCCCGUUCACCCGUUCAUCCACUGCAGGAAGUCUGCAGGCAUCUGAAAUGGGAAGCUACGCUUCAAGGCUCCACAUCACAAAUUCAUCCAGCGCCAUGCUGGACGUCAGCGAGUCUUGCUGUAUGGAGGAGAUAGGAGACGAUGAGGUGUUCGAGGAGGUCUCGUCCCGCUGGAAGCUGAAGAUGGAGCGCUUGCGGGCUCCUCUUUGCUCCCUUGAGGAGGACAGCGACCUGGAUCAGUGCUGCUCUCCACUGUCAGAGAAAAACGUGCCUCUGUCGCCCUACUCCCUGUUGGGGGACUGCUGCAGGUUGGUGGGACUUGCUCACUCCUGCUCAGCUCCUCUUACCCAUGGGCUCAACCUCUAGAGUGAUUCAUCCUCA